AUGGGCAGAAACGCCGCCGUAUCGGGCAAGGACGCCUCUGUUGAAGUGGCCGAAAAGGGCUCCGCCGAGCCGCCCUCGCCCUCGUCGUCGUCGCCGUCGCCGAGACUAAACACCCCCGACGAGGUGGCCAUGGCACAUCCGGAGUGGCAAGCGGCCGAGAAGCUGCUGGUCAGGAAGCUGGACAUGACACUGAUGCCGGUCAUCUGGACACUGUACAUGUUUAACUACCUCGAUAGGAACAACCUCGCGCAGGCCAAACUGAACAAUUUCGAAAAGGACCUCGGGCUCGUGGGGAACCAGUUCAACACGGCGGUUUCAAUAUUCAACGCCGGGUACAUGAUCGCCCAGCUGCCGUCCAACAUGCUCAUCACCCGCGUCCGGCCGAGCAUCUACAUCCCGUGCUGCGUCCUCGCCUGGUCGUGCGUGUCGGCGGCGACAGCGGCAGCAGAAAGCUUUGGCAGCCUCAUAGCCAUCCGAAUCGUGCUGGGCAUUGUCGAGGCCCCUUUCUUCCCGGGUGUCUUUUAUAUCCUCUCCUGCUGGUACACCCAAAAGGAGCUCGCCUUCCGCACGGCGAUCCUGUACUCGGGCAUGCUCGUGGCGACGGCCUUCUCAGGGCUCAUCGCGGCCGCCGUCUUCUCGCACCUCGAUGGCGCCCGCGGGCUGGCUGGGUGGCAAUGGCUAUUCAUCAUUGAAGGCGUGGGGAGCUUCGUGUCGGCCUUUGCGGCGUUUGCACUCCUGCCGGACUACGUCGGGUCCAAGACGGGCGUGUGCUCGUGGCUCAUGUCGGACAAGGAGCUACGGGUCGCCGCCCAGCGUAUGGAGGCUGACAGGGUGUCAGUGCCGCAGCAGACGACGACGGUGUGGAACGGGCUGAGGCUUGCGGUGAGGGAUGUGCGGACGUGGCUAUUUGUUUGCAUGCAAGCCUUCUAUCUCUCCUCCCACGGCCUCAACAGUUUCUUCCCAACCAUCGUGCACGGCUUCCAGCUUGGCUCCAACACCAUCACGCUCGUCCUCACGGCCCCGCCCUACAUCGUCGCCACCGCCAUCGCCCUCUGCGUCGCCGUCUCCUCGGACCGCCGCUCCGACCGCGGCCUGCACAUAGUCGGUCCCGUCUUCGUUGCCAUGCUGGGCUUCGUCAUCUCAGCCGCGACAACGAACCGGCCAGCGCGGUACUUUGCCAGCUUCCUGUAUCUUCCCGGCGCCUUCGCGUCGACGGGGCUGAUCUUUAGCUGGUCCGCGAGCGUGAUGAGCGAGACGCCGGAAAAGAGGGCGGCGGCAACGGCCAUCGUCUGUCUGCUGGCGCAGUUCGGCAACAUUUGGAGCCCGUACUUUUUCAGGCCGGAGGACAGUCCGAGGUAUCUGCUUGCGUUUCUGCUAAUGAUGGUGUUCUCGGUGCUGUGCAUCGGCACCGUGCUCUUGAUGAGGCGAGUGCUGGGCAGGGCGAACCAGCGGAUGCUUGCCGAGGCGGAAGAGACGGGCAGACGGGUCCGGCUGUAUGUCCUUUGA